AUGUCGAUACAGCCCGGUCCAGAGUCCCCCACGUUGCCCAAAUCUCAUUUGACACAAAGUCGCGGCCCAUUCUGGAAUGAGAAUGACAGUGCUCAAGAUCUAGCAUCUUCCGGAUCUCUAAGCACAAGCACAGACCAGACAUGGCUGCAACCACAGUUACCGCCUCAACGGGACCAAGACACAGGCCAAAACGACUUAUCCCUGAUGCAAGAUCCCAAGCCCUUGGAUCGUACCACCAUCGAAGAUUGGGAUGUUGGUCUCUUGCCUACUGCAGAAUGGAACCAAAAUGCUUUGUUUUUCAGUGCCAGUGCCGGUGCCAGUGCCAGUGCCAGUAACUUGACAUCUCAAACCUCGAUGGGCUCGCUCCCGCACGACCAUGAUCUGGGGUUUGCAGACUUGGACCUCGAAUUCACAGACGCCGCAAUACUGGAGCCGUACUUGCAUCAUGUAGACGUACUCGAUCCGUCCACAACCGAGUUUCUAAGCAUUGACCAUAACCCCACACUUUCAGCAGCACACGACGGAGCCUAUACUUUCAAGUCGCCCUUGCCCUGGGUUGCAGACUGGUCGAUCGAAGACCACAGAAAUGAUAGCCGCUAUGCUGAAGUAGUUGAACAAAGAGUGUUCAAUUUGCCCGAGUUAUCAAAGAUCGACAUCUUGUUACAGCUUUACUUUAGUCGUGCCCAUCACCGGCUUCCGGUCCUGAACGAACGCUACUUCUUUCUUCUAACACAAGGGCAAGGGCACCAUGGACAGGCGCAAGAUGUGUCGCUACCUCCUAUCAGCUUGGCGCUCAUUACGUUCAGAAACUACCCUGGUAAUUUCUACGAGAAUGAGCGCUGGACCAUCAAGGCGUACCGACUUCUUGAAACUGCCGGCGUGCUACCGAACACCAACACCAACCGAAGCCAGGGCUUUGUUGAGAAUCCCGACUGGAGACGAGUCUCUGCCUGUUGGCUACACCGAUUUACCAGCUCUUUCAUGGGCCUCAAAUGGACCAGUAGUCCGGAACUGAUGGAAGCUGUCAUGUUUCCAUGGCACCAGAUCACCCUCGCCGACUUUGAGGAGGACUUUGGUUUUUCCUGGUAUCUGAGUGCCGAAACUAAAGAGCAACUGACCCGGAUCUUUGUGGCCAGGAUCAGUCUGCAAGUUACCAUCGGCCAUCUCAACAAGAUUUUGUGGAAACAGACGGUCUCUGAAAUGAGUGCCAUUGGAGGGAAACCGGAAAUCGCAGCUCCGCAACUGACACUGACCGAUUCACUUCCCAUUGAAGAGAUCGACGUUCGAUUACAGAGGUGGAAGCUCGAGAACGAAGACUCUCUGCCCAUGGCAGCAUCGGUGUACGGGGCAUGUCCAGAAAAGCGCCUGCUGUAUGCCGAGCACAUCUUGACCAGCAUGGCGUACGAGUAA